AUUCCUGUGAGGGCGCUUAUUAAGACAAAAAAUAAUAAUCACACAUUUUUUCACCGAUUUUCAAAUGGAAAUUUAAGAGUUUUCCGAACGUAAUUUCGGUGAAAACUCGAUAAAUUUCCUUCAACUCAUCCUCGUGCAACAGAAACAGCUGUUGGCAACAUGAACUUCCUUCGGCAAACUAUGGGUUUCGUAACCCGAAAUAUUUCUCGUUUGGCAACAACUCCGACCAGCUCUGCUUUGGAAGUCUUCAAACCUUCUUCAGCUCAACUUUCCUUGACAAAUUUGGUGAUGCGAUCAAUGUCCACAUUGAGUCAGAUGCACCGUUCAGGGCCACAUUUCAAGAAACGAAUCAAGAAAAGGCCUCUCGAUGGAAAACCCUUUGCCAAAGGAGUUGUGCUGAAAACGCUUGUAAAGAAGCCUAAAAAGCCCAAUUCCGCUAAUCGUAAAUGCGUGUUGGUGCGCUUGACUACGGGAAAAGAGAUGGUUGCCUACGUUCCCGGCGAGGGACACAAUUUGCAAGAACACAACAUCGUUCUCGUUCGUUGUGGACGUCUUCAGGAUGUGCCCGGUGUCAAACUGAAAUGCGUUCGAGGCAAAUACGAUUUAGGUCAUGUCAUUAAGACAAAAUAGAUUUAUCAAAAUUAGUAGUAAAUUGGAAUAAAAUUCACUUUUUAACAUUUA